GCCGCCGCCGUCGCCGCCGCCGCCGCUGCUGCCGCUGCCGCCGCUGCUGCUGCUGCUGCUGCUGCUGUCACAUCGUCGGGCACGACGUACACAAUGUCAUAAUAAUAAUCAUUAUAAUAAUAGUAAUAAAAGUGUUAUUAUUCGCGAUUGUUGAGCGUCGUCGAGCCCAGUACAUUGAACUAAACAUCGGUUGUUAUCAGCGAAACUGUACCGCACACAGAAUCCGUCUCGCUGUGCGUCGCGUUCUCGGAUCGCUGGCGUGCGCGUCGUCCGACCAUAUGUGCCUUUGAAUCUCGCGACGGCGUUCCGCCCUGCUCGUUUUUCGUCGAAUCUGUCACCGUUGUUGAGAAAUCGCGUUCGUCCGCCUCGUUCAGACCGACGUUCACAAGUUUCCGCCACCAGGUGGCUUUGAGAUCUGACGACGAAAACGUUCACAUCGCUACCACGCGCUGCCGCCGCCCGUGACACCUUUGCGGAAGUAUUAUUAUGUAACGCGACGGAUACUAGGACAUGUGCGACGACAAUAAAAGAUUACAAAAGCCCACCAAUGGAUUGGGCUGCCGACAGGUACACAGCGGUCACUCGACAUAUAACGUUGGGAUUCCAUUGGAGGAAAGUAUGGAGAUCAUCAACCAGCAGUGUCAAGAGAUUUAUGAUUUAAGAACACAACUGAACCUGGUGAUGAGUGAGAGGGACAUGUUGCUCACCGAAGUAGGCCGUCUCAAGUUUGAUAUGGAACUCUAUGAUCAGCGCAUGAUGACCCACGACACUGCCAGAGAUGAAAAGUUUGAUAAAAGCAAUAACAGACAUUUUUUAAAUCAAUGUGAACAAUAUAAUCAUUGGACUGAUACAAUGUCAUCCAAAAAUAACAUGGUUCAACCAGAACCAUUUCAUACAUCUGCGUCGUAUGAAUUAUCACAAGACUUGAUUGAAAAGCAGAUUGAAUUACUAGAAAGAAAAUAUGGUGGUGACAGAGCCAGACAAGCUGCAUUAGUUAUUCAACGAGCAUUCCGACAUUAUAUGUUGGUUAAAAAAUUUGCUCAUAUCACAGCAAUGGCAAAAGCUGAAAAAAGACUUAGUAAACGUUUGGAGGAUACUCAAAGUUUACGAUCUCAUGAUAGUCAGUUGAGCGUUAGAUCAGGAUCAUUAAGAGAACGUCGAUCUGGUUACUCACCAACUAAAUGUAACUCUCUUCCGCGUUCUCGAUCAGGACGAUGUGAUUUAAAUUAUUAUUAUAGCUUGGAAUCUUCGUGUUCACACUUCUACUCACAUAAUUAUAGCUAUAAUGAUAUGAAAGUAAACAACAUUAAUACAAUGAAUCCAGAGAUUGCAUCUGAACAAUUUUUUUUCCAGGAAGAUAUUACUAGUCAAGUGGCACAUCAAAUGAUGCCAAACUAUUUAUGUGGAAACAGCCAUAAUAGUGGUUCAGAAACAUAUAGACAAGCACAUUCUGGUUCUGAUUGUAAUCAGUAUGGUAGCAGUACCUCUUCAUCUUGUAUGUUUUCAGGAAACUCUACUGGGUACUCAUCAAACAUUUCCAAAAAUAAAGUUCCUCCAGAAGUUCCAAAACGAACUUCAUCAAUAUCUUUUCGCUCAUUACGAGAACAACAUCAAAACAUAGCAGCUGGUACUUUAAAUAAGAUGUCAGAUAGUGGUAGCUUAUCAAGUGUUCAGUCUUCAGGCAGCGAUGGUAGUCUUUCUAGUCAAUCACAUAAUUUAAAUCAAACAAAUUCUUCUGUUGACUCUUCUCUGUUGUCAAAUUCUAUUGUCUCUUGGAAUAAAAAAUCACAGAUAUCUGAUGUAAUCAGAAAACGUCAAUAUCGUAUUGGUCUCAAUCUUUUUAAUAAGAAACCUUCAAAAGGUAUUAUUUACCUUGUGUGCAGAGGAUUCUUAGAUAAUGCACCUCAUGCAGUGGCGAGAUUUUUAAUCUCUCGUAAAGGUUUAAGCAAACAAAUGAUUGGUGAAUAUUUAGGUGAUUUACAAAAUCCAUUUAAUGCUGCAGCUUUAGAGUAUUUUGCUCAAGAAAUAGAUCUCUCAGGUAUGCAGGUAGAUGUUGCAUUACGUAAGUUUCAAACAUAUUUUCGUAUGCCUGGGGAAGCACAAAAAAUUGAAAGAAUCAUUGAAGUGUUCAGCCAUAGAUAUUGCCAUUGUAACCGAGAUGUUGUAGCGAGAUUGAGAAAUUUAGAUACUGUUUUUAUAUUGGCAUUUGCUAUCAUAAUGCUCAACACUGAUUUGCAUACACCUAAUCUAAAGCCAGAACGCCGAAUGAAGAUGAAUGAUUUUAUUAAAAAUCUUAGAGGUAUUGAUGAUUGUUGUGAUAUCGAUCGAGACAUGUUAGUUGGAAUAUAUGAGCGAAUUAAAGCAAAUGAAUUCAAACCCGGUUCAGAUCAUGUUACCCAAGUUAUGAAAGUGCAGUCAACAAUAGUUGGCAAGAAACCAAACUUAGCAUUACCACAUCGUCGUUUAGUGUGCUAUUGUAGACUGUAUGAAGUGGCUGAUAUUUAUAAGAAAGAACGACCCGGGGUUCAUCAACGUGAGGUAUUCCUCUUCAACGAUCUUCUAGUCAUUACCAAAAUACUUUCUAAAAAGAAAAAUUCAGUAACAUAUACAUUUCGUCAAAGUUAUCCAUUAAACGGUCUAACUGUGUCAUUGUUUCAAAUGCCACAUUAUCAAUUUGGUAUUAAGCUAACUCAGCGUUUAGACGGGCGUCUAUUGAUAACAUUUAAUGCACGAAACGACCAUGACCGCUGUAAGUUUGUUGAAGAUAUUCGAGAAUCAAUAUGUGAAAUGGAUGAAAUGGAAAAUUUGAGAAUCGAGUCUGAACUUGAGCGCCACAGACAUGGUCAUAACAAUCGGUCAGUAAACAGCAAUGCAGAAAACCGUGAUAGCGGAGUUGCAGACAUUGAUUUGGGUCCAUUACCCUCUCCUCCAGUGUGCAGUCCCAAACAACAUCCAGAUGAUUCAUUUGGAAACAGCCAAAGUUCACAACAGGCAACACCAAAACGUGCUGCAUUAACUGUUACUUGAUUAUAGUAUGAUAUUAAUGAAAAAUGUGUAAUCUUUUUUUUUAUAUGAGCACCGAAAUAAUUUGAUUUGUUUACAUAUACUAUUUG